AUGGAGGAACCCCAGAGAAAAAAGAGUCAGCGACAUGAAGGCACCAAGCCCAGGAAGGUCAGGUUCAAACUGGCGUCGUCCUACAGCGGCCGGGUCCUGAAGCACGUGUACGAGGACGGACAGGAGCUGGACAGCCCCGAGGAGAAGUACCCUCACAGUUUCCUCCCGCACGGCAAGAUACCGCCCAGCCACCUGGAGAUGGAGCAGUUGUGCGGCUUUCAAGAGCCUCCGUCGGAGCAGCGGGGUGUCGAGCCUCCAACCGGGCUCAUUGCCCAGAGAAUCAACGUGUACAGAGGAAUGGGAAGCUACAAGGCUGCUGCAGGCCCGACCGACCAAACAGAUGGAGAUACUAAAUCGUCGGUGUUGGACUUUGGAAAGAUCAUCAUCUACACCAGCAAACUGCGCAUCGUACGAGCACCCGCCAGGAAAAGCGAGGCAUUGUGUUACGGUGCGGCGCCCCCUGUGGACGCGGAGGGACACCCGCAGGCCCGUGAGCGGGGCAGCAGGAGGCGAGCCAAGGCCGUCGCGACGCAGGAGGGAGAGCGGAAAGUGAUGACACACACGCAGGAAUGGAGCGACUGCCAACUCUGCGGCGGCUCGGGCUGCACGCCGUGCUCGCUGUGUCACGGCAGCAAGCUGUCCAUGCUGGCCAACCGCUUCAAUGAGUCCAUCAGCGAGCUGCGUUGCCAGGCCUGCUACCCUCACGGUCUAGAGAGGUGCCAGGCCUGCGCCGGCAAGUCGCCAUUUUCGCCCGCCGCUCGCGCUCGGCCCGAGGGGGAGCCAGCCAGCCAGUGA